AUGGCCUUCACCGGAGACGCCGACGGUUUCGCCCUCGACUUCAUCCGCGAGCACCUGCUCGGCCGUGGUUGCGGCGGCGGCCCCGUGGAUAGCACCGUAGAUCCCGACGACCUUACCUUCCCGGUCCUGCCGCCUCAACCAGAAUUCGAGCCCAUGCCGUUCUUGCCGCCGCAGCAAGGGUACAUAGACAUGGACCCGGCCAACGAGUACAUGGCCAACAUGGGCGAGGCGGCGGCGGCGGCGUUCCCGGAGCAGGAGCCAGCGCCACCGGUGAUAAUAGCGUUUGGAAGCGAGCACUCAUCCCCCGUCAGGCAGCCUCUGACCAUUGCCGUGCCCCCGAGGCCGUACGCUUCGGCGGCAGCAACGGCGCCCGCCGCCGCACAGCUGGCAGCAGCGGCCGCGGCCGAGGCCAUGGAGGACUUCCGCAAGUACCGCGGCGUCCGGCAGCGGCCCUGGGGCAAGUACGCGGCGGAGAUCCGCGACCCGAAGCGCCGGGGCUCGCGCGUGUGGCUCGGCACGUACGACACGCCCAUCGAGGCCGCGCGCGCGUACGACCGCGCCGCGUUCCGCAUGCGCGGCGCCAAGGCCAUCCUCAACUUCCCCAACGACGUUGGUACCCGCGGCGCCGACUUCUGGGCCCCGCCGCCGCCCGCUCCGGCGAAGACGAAGGCAGCCACGGCCACAGCGACGAACAAGAGGAAGCGGCCGCAGCUGCUGGUGGAGGAACCCGACGACGACGACGUCGAGGUGCUCGCCGUGGUGAAAAAGGAAGUGAAGAUUGUUGGUGAGGUCCCUGCUUACUCGUCGUCGUCCCAGGGCCAGGUGUACUCCUCCGCCUCUCAGUCGUCGUCCAUGUCGACGCGCGAGACCACAGCGACCGCCUCGUCGACGGUGACGUCGUCUCCUACGGAAGAUACGGGAUCGGGUGCUGUGGGGUUCCCCAUGACGCCGUCGAGCGGGAACUGGGAGCAGUACUGGGAGGCAUUGCUCGGCACCCUGCCGCUGCUCUCGCCGCAGUCGCCCCACCGGGCGUUGAGCUUUCCCCAGCUUACCGUUACUUGA